UUCUAAUUAUUUUUCUUUUCUCUUCCCACUGUAGCGCAACUCGCAGCAGCGCAAUCUCAAAACGACCAUACUGACCAACUUUAUCACGAAGAUGGCAUUCACCGGCUCGCUCAGGAAAACCCUGUUCGGCCUGCUGCUGGUAAUGAUAUUCCUGGUGAUGCUGCUCUAUUGGAACGAAAACCAGAGUCCGCUGAAACCGGCCGGAUCGGCAAUGCUGUUUGCCAGGAUUUUCCACCGGGAAGCAGCCGGCGGUGGCGGUGAGGGUGGUGAGGUUCUUGAAGCGCUGCCGCCACCGAAAGUAAACUCACCGGAAAAAGCCUGGACGUACAAGUGCGUCAACAACCGGUGCGUCCGGCAGCACUACAUUGAGCCCAGCGAUCCGGAGAGUGCGUUCGGGGGCAGCACGGCGGGGAAACGAGUACCGUUUCUCACCUGCACGAUGACCUGUGGGCCGAUUAACAUUUGGCCACAGCCGACGGGGAAGGCUUCGAUUGGCAGUAAGGCUUCCCGCUUCCGACUGUCGGAUGUGCAUUUUAACGUGCGAACUACCCACAAACCGGUGGAGGAUCUACUGUGGGACGCCUUUCGAGUGUUCAAAGAAGAGCUCCGAGCGGUUCUGGUGGCACAUGGUGCAGGAGAAGACGAGGGAGAUAGUUCUAGUGUGACUGAUAGUGGGAAUGAUGUUUGGGGAAGGGGUCAGCAGGAGAUUGGUGCUAAAAUGGAAGGGACUGCGGCGAAAAUUAGAUUUUAUAAGGCGGUGGAUGACAGUCGGUACGAUGUGGAUCGGUUUGAUAUUCGGGUUAAUGUAGUUAAAUCGCCGGAAGUUCACCUCACAAUGCAAACGGAUGAGAGUUACAACAUGACCGUUGGGCAUAUGGCACGUUCGUUGGUGGUGAAAGUUUUUGCCAACAGCUUUUUCGGCGCAAAGCACGCCCUCACCACGCUGCAACAGUUGAUUUGGUUCGACGACGAGGAACGCAUCCUGAAAGUAUUGAACAAAGCCUUAAUUGAAGAUGUGCCAAGAUUUAAUUUCCGUGGCCUUAUGUUAGACACAUCGAGACACUAUUUCUCAGUAGAAUCGAUAAAACGAACCCUGGUGGGGAUGUCUCACUCCAAGCUGAACCGGUUCCAUUGGCACAUUACGGAUUCGCAGAGCUUCCCGCUGGUGUCGAAACAUUACCCUCAGUUGGCUCAGUACGGGGCCUAUUCGGAUCAGGAGAUAUACACGGCGGAGGAUAUUCGGGAUAUUGUGAAGUUUGCCAGAGAACGAGGGAUUCAAGUGAUUCCGGAAAUUGACGCACCGGCACACGCCGGGAAUGGUUGGGACUGGGGCCCAAAGCAUAACCUGGGUGACUUGAGUCUUUGCAUCAACCAGCAACCGUGGAGUUACUACUGUGGGGAGCCUCCCUGUGGCCAGCUCAAUCCGAAAAAUAACAACACUUACCUGAUACUGCAGAAGCUGUACGAGGAACUGUUGGAACUGACGGGCCCUCUGGACUACUUCCACCUGGGAGGCGACGAAGUCAACCUGGAAUGCUGGCAGCAGCAUUUCAACGAGUCGGACAUGCGAACACUGUGGUGCGAUUUUAUGCAACAGGCGUACCACCGGUUGCAGAUUGCCAACAAGGGGGUGGCGCCGAAAAUGGUGGCCGUGUGGUCCAGUGGGUUGACCAACUAUCCGUGCCUUUCGAAAAAUUCCUUCGCAGUGCAGGUGUGGGGCGGGAGUAAGUGGCAGGAAAACUACCAGCUCAUCAGCGCUGGAUUUAAUUUGGUGAUUUCACACGUGGACGCGUGGUACCUGGAUUGCGGUUUCGGCAGUUGGCGAUCGACUGGUGAGUACCUAUCUGUAGUUGCACUAGUUAACCAGAAGCUUUUUUAUGAAUUUAGCCUCCAAACCCUCUUUGAAAUAUCUUCAUCAUUUUAAAGAUCUUCUUUAGAA